AUGAUUGUGAUGAUGAUGAUGAUGAUGAUGAUGAUGAUGGUUGUACGUGGUAAUAGGGGUGAUGGUGGUUGUAGGGGUGGUGGUGGUGGUUGUAGGGGUGGUUGUGUUUAUAAAUGUGUUGGUGGUGGUGAUGAUGUUGACAAUGAUUGUGGUGGUUUGAUUGAUGGUAGUGGUAAUGAUGAUGAUGAUGAUGACGACUGCGACGAAAACGACGACGACGACGACGAUGAUGAUGAUGAUGAUGACGAUGGAGGUGGUACUCGUGGGGUGAUGGUGAGUUUUACCCGCCUCCCGGGUACCAUGCCGUCGUGUGUGCCCGCCAACAACAACAACGUAGGGGACGUUGACGCCGUCAAGGGACCGCCACAGUCAGACUCCAAGAUCAGUAAACUGAUAACAUGCCUGUUCUUUCGGAAAAAGACGGGCGUCGUCGACCUGGCGAAAGAGUCGUCUGCUGCCGCCAGAAAGAAGCAGCGAAUGACCGUCGACCGCUCAGAACGCUCCCGGCGCGUGCUCAAGAUGGAGAGCAUGCGCACUGCACCCAAGCCACGUGACGAUGAUGACGCAGGUCGACCCUCGUCUGGACAGGGGCCGACCCAAAUGUUCUUACCAUCUGAAAAUCCAACAGCCUCGUUUCUGUCACAUCUCAAUCCGUCGGUACGCCGCGCGUGCUCUGACGUAAUAAGAACGUCAAGUUCAUCAAAUGGCGGAAAAUCAACGUCCCGAGAAGCGUUCUCUGAAAAUGGGCGUAUACCGGUGACGAGGAACACAAACUACCGUGGGAAUCAUAGCUUUAAUGAUCGUGAUAAACUGGGCAAACCUCCCAAACCACCAGAGCGUCACAGCAGUACCACCAGUAAUGCUACGGGCGGACGUAGGCCAGUCGUCGUGCCCGGUCUGAUGUCAGCGUCAGACGAUGACGUCGGUUACGAUUCGGAGGAUGAAAUCACUGACAUCCACGAGGAGAUGCGCCGUAUGAACAUGAGCCAGCCAGAUCUAAGAUCAUCAACAUCGGACAAGAAACCCGCCAAACCCAGGCGGCGUCGACGCGAAGGCUCCAUUUCUCUCUCUGAAGAAGAAAGCGGAAGUGAUGAAGAAUCAGACGAUAAUCGCCCUCAGAAUCCAUCACCAUCCGAAAAGCAUGGAAUGAGUGAUGCCGUCAUCAUUACAAAUGACGUCACAACAACAUCCGUUUUAAAUGGACAAACAGCAAACUCAAAAACUCACAAGACUAAGUCAAUGGAAGACGUUAUUGAUGACCUGUUUAAACAAACACAAAAUAACAUUGAUACAAUAUACAAAACUGGACUUGACAAUAUGGAUCUCGAAACAUUCCGAUCUGACACUGUAACGCCAGAUACGUGUAUGCGCAGAUUGGAAGAAGACCUAAUGAAAGAAGAUUACGAUUCUGAAGAUAGUGAAAAUUUACGAGAGAAAAAGAAAUCAGCAUUACCAACUCGACCACCUCCUCCGACACCUGCGAACUUAAAGAAGAACCAUAGAAUGGAUACAUUGCUAAACGAGGUAUCACUUUGGGCAUCUGACAGACAGAAAUGGCUGCUGGAGGAUGGGGGGAAAAUCAAAGCUUUCGAACCAGGGACGAGAGAAAGUACAGUUGCUAGUUUUACAACAGAUGGUCAGGCGAUUGACCAGGUGACGAAGACAAAUACAGAAACCAAUGCUACUCAAAGGUGUUCUCAUUGGGUAAAUGAGCUGGAUAAAGAUGGCGAUGAAUCAGGGUCAGUGCAGACAGGAAUCUUGACGGCACCAACACUAUUCAGGUCAACGGCCAAAUUUCCUACAACACCAAGGCAUCCUGAACGACGAAGGGUAAGCUUCAAUGGAAGUGAGGCUAGAUCGUCUUCCUUUAAUGCCCCUAAGAAGUCAGACUCAACAAGAACGACUGUACCUCGCAAAAGAACGUAUAGAGGAGUUCAAGUACUGGACUAUGGUAACGACGAAACAGAAGUCGUAAAUGAUCCGGUAGAUGAAACUACUGGACUGGAAAUUAAAGACUUGGAAAAUGAGCCAAAAUGUCCCGAACCAUGGACUUCCGACAUGUACAAAAACCGUGAAUCUCCAAGUGACGAAAAGGACAAGUCAAGUCUUAAAAACAGCUCAGAGCUGGAUGAUUCAAAGAUUGUGAAUGAAAGAACUAGUAGUCCAGAUAGUUGGCUGAGAAGUGAUGGGUCUUGUUCUAAUAUGGAAACUAAUAAGAUGAAUGAAAUCAAUGAUGGAGAUGAUUGUUAUGAACUGCCUUAUGCUAGGAAAUCACCAUAUGAUCGAAGUAUGGUUACACCGGAGGAGUAUAUUAUGAACAAAAGACCAAACGUUGUUAAGGCCACGAAUGUUGGAAAAUCUCACCAAAUUGAGCGUAAAGCCCCGAAGGUGCACUCGUUUAAAGAGUUAGAGAAACCAUUUUUUAUACCAAAGCAGCCAUCAUUGCCUGUAAAGCCAAUGUUGAGAAACACUCAACUGAAACCUAUCAAUUCUUUACGAACCGGAGAGCCAAAGAAUAUGGACACUUUUCCGGCACUUCCAGGAAUGAAAUCUUCCAGUCACUCUUUUAAUAAGUCCAGAAAUGUAUCUAGUUUUGAAAGCAGUUUUGGACAUUUAGCUAGUCAAGCAAAUCGUCCAUUCUCUGAAAUACCAUUGCGGCCAGAUUUCAGUUCGGACAGAAACAGUAACAUGCUAGCAAGCAGAGUGAACUUGCCAAAAGGCCCCGAUGCUAGUCAUCCCGUUAUACAAUCUAUGAUGAGGCCGGUGUCAGAAACGGCCAUGCCGCUCAACAAGCGUCUUGACAAGAUAGGUAUGGGUCCAAUCAUGGCCACAAAGGACAAACAAGCAUAUGCUCAAAACAUUGCAAACGCUAUUGAAAAACAGCGACUUCAACCUAAUGAAGAUGCAUUUAAAGCAGAGGUACUGGGAGAUGACAAUAGAGAGAACGAUGACAAGAUAACGGAUGAAAAGAAAAACAUGAACUCGACGAAGAGAAGACAUAAAGUUUUCACUCAAGGCUUGUUAGAUGGUGGUUAUAAUUAUAACAAACACAGCAGAAGAAGACAUGCUGAACCAGUUCUGACUGAGUCCUGUAGUUUCAGCGAGAAACAUAACUCCGGAGAUCCACUGCAGCUAAACCAGUCGAGCUCGUUCCAAAAUUCACAACCACCUAUGGCAAGUGUAAACGAUUUGUCUUUGAGUAUUCGAGACAGUAUAGAAAAACCUCCAAACGGCUUAUCAUUUGCACAUAACACGAUAAGUGAACCAUCUAAUGAUAAAAACGGGAAUGUCAAACUACAAAGAAACCAUUCCAUGCAGGUGCACAACAUUGGUGGAAAUAUUCAACAGUACGUUGAAAAUGGCGCAAACACCAAAACAGCCGACAAGUUCAGGAAACUGAGAACGAGGCGUGAUAUAGAGAUGGACUGGUUGAUGAAAGACGCUGCAGAAACAGAGCUCUGAGCAUUCUGUAAGUGUCGGCAUUCCGAACUGAUCAAUAAAAAACGGAGUGGUUUCUGAAACGUUCUUUGAGUGACAAGGACUAGUGGUUGGUGAAGGUGUUGUGAGGCACAAUAUGUUAUCAUGUUAAAGGUGCUUUAAGUGUCAGGGGGUUGACUUGUAAAUAUAUAUAUUUCAGCAACCAUGGCCUGCCGAGGAACAGGUGCUUCGAGCAACUAGGUGUAGAUUAACUAUUUUCAAAUGGUGAAUUGAGCAACAAGGGGCUGAUUUGUUAAAGGUGCUUUGUGGAGAUUGGGGCUGUUUUUAUGAAAGGUGCUUUUAAACGGACGGAGUUGAAAGUUGUCCAGUUGUUGCUUUAAAGUAGUUAUUGACUUCACUUAUUAAGAUGAUUAUGGCAUGUAGGCGGACUGAUACGACGUGACUCGGACGGAGUUUAGUUAUUUAGUUUGGUAUGUGUUUCAAAUCUCAUGGAUCCAAGGAAUAUUGAACGCUUAUUGGAAGAUGGGUCUUUAAACUGGCCCGGACUUUGAAAAAGUAUAGAUAUGUUGUCGUCAAUUUCUGAUGCACAGUCACUUAUAUGGAUGACAACUUCAAAUUCACUGGUACAAUACAGAAAGAACUAAACAUGUUUAAGAGGAAUUUGUCAAGAAUAUAAUGAGUUAUCAUUUUUAGUCUUUAAAUGGUUGCCACUAAUGUAUAUUUUAAUGAUUCGGUCGUUCUACGCAAUGUAAAUAUAAAACUUUUCAUUCGAAUGCGCUUACAAAAUUUUCCUAAAUUAUCAUUAUGUUUUCCUUAUGCAAAUGUUGCCCCUUCUUAUAAUACUAGAAUUCAUAAUUGUUUUGUAGAACUCCUCAUUACUUUAUUCAAAUACUGUAAUGAUCUUUGUGCGUCUGUUUUCCAAAGAAAAAGGUCGAGGUAAUAUAAUUGGCAAAGCCUUAGUGUCGUGCAAACACUUAAACCUGGGUCAUUACUUACAAUAUAUCCACAUACAAAUUCAUAUACAUGCUAAAAGAGGCAAUGCGCACAUUUAUAACAAGGUCCAUAUAGCUGUGGAUUUCAUAUUUGUUGAGUUAUAUACCAUUCCGGUUGGAAAUCAACAGCAGACCAAUUUGGGAGAUAACUCCACGGCAAUCUUGUUUUAACAUCAUUAUAAGCAUGCACUUGCCAGUUUCACUGUUUGUGAUGUUAAUGUAAUCCAGUUCACCGUCUGUGAUUUAUAUAUAACCAAGUAUUAUGUUUUAAUUUUGUGCGUUUUUGUUUAUAGAAAAAUGAACUUUUACGUGU